AUGCUUACCUUCUAAAUACAAUAUCCUUUAGCUUUUGGUGAAGCAAUGUACAUUUGUGGUAACUUUUAAGAGUUGGGCAAUUGGAAUCCUAUGUAAGCCAAAAGAAUGUAAUGGUGUGAAGUACGUAUCAUCUUUAAUUAAUAGGGAGACACAUGGAUGUUAACAGUAGAUAUAAGUAUGACUGCUUUAGAGGAAUAAGAUUUUGAAUACAAAUACUUCUUUAGUGAGUUUGAUAGUCCUUCAAAUAUUGAAUGGGAAAUGGGUCCCAAUCGAAUAGUGAGAACAACUGAAAAUAUAAGUAUUUCUAAAUGUUAUUUUUAGUUAUAACUGAUAUCUGGAAUCACAGGAAGAUUUUGUUUUAGUGUUACAACCCUAAAAAGUACGCAAUGUUCAUUUCUGGAUCAUCUUACGAUUUAGGAAUGUUCAAGAGAAGAAUCAGCAUGAAACAAAAAGAAGAUAUAUCUUAUUUAAGAAUACUUGUGAAUGUUCUGGAAGAAAGAGAAAUUCGUUAUUAGUUCCAUCUUAUCAACAAAAGACAUUAUACAAGUCCACUCUAGUAACUGACUCUUACUAGUACAAGUAAGUUGAUUAAUAAAUGAUUUAAGAUGGCUAUUACAAAAAUUACCUAGUAGUCUUUUGUGAAGGAUUAGAGUAAAUUAAGAGAUCAAUUUAUCAAUUAGAUAAACAUAUCUGUUACGGUUAUGUUCCUGCUAAUUAAAACGACUUUAAUUCUCUGAAAAAGGCUAAUCUAAAUACCAUUAUUGAAUUCUAGAAUUCUUAAGGAUUAUCCAGCAAUUCGAUUAAAAAGGAUGACUUUACUUAUUUCACUGUUAAUAUUUGUGGCAAUUAAGAUUCAAACUAUUUCCAAAGACUUUAUUCAUUCAUCUAACUUUUGAUUCAAAAAUAUAAUGUAAUUAUUAUUAAAUAAUUCAUAGAUUAUAUAUGUCUGCAAUAAUUCAUUGUCGCAUCUUAGAAAAUAUUUAUAAGUGUAUCAAAAGAUUAUCAUAUCACAGUGA